ACACUGUGCAUCAAUGCUGUAUCUUAUACACAAGAAGUUAUCUCAUUAUAUUGAUUUGUUUUGUACUGUGCUACCCAAAUAAACUAUAGCACAAGCACAUAAACAACAUGUAAUCACUUCUGUUUUUGCAACCCUCAAUUAAAUACUCAUUGAUCAAGUUUUCCCCCCUGGUCCCCUGUUAGACUCAGCUCACGGAAAUAUUUUCAUUUGUUCAAAGAGUCUAAAUUAGUUUUGCCGCUGCUUCUGUUUGAAUAACGGUGCUCUGAGCUCGGCGACUCAUGAUUAGGGAAUGGAUUUCUGACCCCCCCCCCGAUUACCCGCUCCCCUCACUCUCUCCCCUGCUCUGUGUGUUUCAGAGUCCUGGCCUGUAUGAGGGAAGGCGGCUGGAAUGGGGAAUGGUGUUCAAGAAAGCCAAGGGGCAUUAACGCAGGGGGAGCUCCAACCAGUCACCAGCAACAGCAGCCAGGCUGAGGGGUCCAAGGUGGGUAGGAACGUGCUCAACACCCUGCUGUCCGGAGCCUUAGCCGGGGCCAUGGCCAAGACUGCGGUGGCGCCACUGGACCGGACCAAAAUCAUCUUCCAAGUGUCUUCAAACAGAUUUUCAGCCAAGGCAGCCUACCAUCUUAUUUACCGCACCUACCUCUCUGAUGGCUUCCUCAGCCUGUGGAGGGGGAAUUCAGCCACCAUGGUGCGAGUCAUCCCCUACGCUGGCAUCCAGUUCUGCUCACAUGAGCAGUACAAGAGGCUGCUGGGAGAGUACUGCGGCUUCCAGGGAAAGGCCCUGCCCCCCGUGCCCCGCUUCCUGGCCGGAUCGCUGGCGGGCACGACGGCUGCCAUGCUGACGUACCCCCUGGACAUGGUGCGAGCGCGCAUGGCCGUCACCCCCAAAGAGAUGUACAGUAAUAUUCUCCAUGUGUUCGGGCGGAUCUCACGCGAGGAGGGGCUGCAGACUCUGUACCGCGGCUUCACUCCCACCAUCCUCGGAGUCAUCCCCUACGCAGGACUCAGCUUCUUCACCUACGAGACCCUCAAGAAAGUCCACGCAGAUCACAGCGGCCGGCCGCACCCCUACCCGGUUGAGCGGCUGGCGUUCGGGGCGUGCGCGGGGCUCCUGGGGCAGUCGGCCUCAUACCCGUUGGACGUGGUGCGCCGGCGCAUGCAGACGGCGGGCGUGACGGGCCACACAUACGGCUCCAUCGUGGGCACUAUGCGGCUGAUCGUGAGGGAGGAGGGGCUGGCGCGUGGGCUCUAUAAGGGCCUGAGCAUGAACUGGGUGAAGGGGCCCAUCGCCGUAGGCAUCAGCUUCAUGACCUUCGACCUCAUGCAGAUCCUCUGGCGCCAGCUGCAGCAGCGCGGCUUCAUCCAGGGGUAACGCGGAGCGGGCAGCCCGAGCGCACACAACGCCUUCCUGCACAGGUAUCGCCAAGAGACCCUGGGGUGUGCGCAGUCAGGAGGGUCGACCAGAAAUGAAUGCAGUUUUCUUGGUUCACCCCUGUAUCACAUGUAUCACCCACCCUCCCGCCAUCCCAUGCUUUUAAUUCUCAGUCUGAUUCCCGGAGUGUUGCCCUGUUGGGUUUGUCUUUCUCUCUCUCUGGGUCUUUAGUGGACCUGGCACUGACCUGGGCAGUCCGGGUGUAACCCAGUUGGCAGUCGGAGCGUUUUUUUUUUUUCAAGCGAGUCUUCUGGAGCACGCUGUGGUAGUAAACGGCUAGGUAGGGACACGAGAUUUUGCAAGAAUGUUCUUUGACCCCCCUGCUCCUGCUGCCCAUCGUGCGUGUGAAGCAGAGUCCUGACUGCUGAUUAUCAGCAGCCCCUUCUCGGACACAUCGGGGCUUUGAGCAGACUGGAGACUGCAGCCACACCUCCUUGUUGAUUUGCUCCAUUGCCCAAAUCCCCAGCAAUGCAGGAGCUCCGCGGUAGUGUGGAGUCCGGAUACUGUCUAAAUGCCCUUCUAUGUGAUGCUUUGUUUAUAAUUACACUAUGUGUGUAACCGAAGCAUAAAGCACAAAUUGCCGAAGUCAGAUUCUUUAGAGAAGAGGUUGGAAAAAUGUUAUGUGUCAGCUGCAGUAUGUUAGAUGCGGUUUUGUAAGCUUAUAACUUAAUAUAGUAACUAACAGAAGCAGCUCCAGCCAGUGUUAUUGCAAACUAUUGCAAUAACUGCAGCACAGCAUUCAGUAUUAAACAGCUCUAGCAGGGUUUGGUAUUACUAACAAUAUUAGCGCUUGUAUCAAACCUUUUGCUCCAGGUUGCAUCUUGUCCUUUUUUAAAGGCCGAUAAAUAUAAAUAAGUGUUGCUAGUGGGGCUGUAAAGCACCAGGGGGAGGGUGCUGCACAGCGAUCAAUCUGAUCAGUUGCUGACAGAUUGCAGUACACUACAAGUGAAACCUGACUUAAGCAGUUGUUGCUUGAGAUCGUCUGUGUGUGGUGCUCUGCUAGGUGCGUUGCACGAGGCUGGUAACUGUGCAAAGCGGCUGGAGGCAGGUUUCUGGAAUACAGACUGUGAUUGUGGUUGGUGGCAGCGGUAGGAUCCGCUCUGCCUGAGUAACUAUGCAGAGUGCACACCUGCAAAACAGGUGCAGCUUCAGUAAGAACUUACACAAAGUGAAUAUUGCAGCGUUAACUUUUUCGUUCUUGGUAUGUCUCACUUGGGGAUCAUUUCAGCGUCACCGUUGAGGCUGUGUGUGUUUUAAGUUGA